AUGGCAAGCCAAAGUGCGGCUGAAGCAGCUGAUGAGCAAUUCGAUUUGGUCGGAUUGACGGGUGAGGAGCAAGUGCAGCUCACGAGAUUGGUGGCAAAAGCUUCUCGAGGAAGUGGAGCAAUGACCCAAGGUGCUAUGACUGAUGCGGCAAAGCGUCGGGGUGAUGAAAUGGAGCCACGCCCGAAAGCUCGAGGAGUUGGAAGCUAUGCUGCAGUGUCGGCGCCGGAAGCACCGGAACUUGAGCAGACUGUCAAGGCUGGCUUGCCGGAAGGAAUUCCGGACCUAUCGACAUGGGGGCUGACCGUAAUGACAAGUGGCAAGGUUGCAGCAGAGCGAUUGAGCUAUGAGGAGCUUCGUGCAUCGACAAAUUCUGACCAUGUGCAGUAUUGUCGUUGGUUGAUGGCUCGGGCUAACACUAUGAAGGGGCAGUUCAAAGAUUUCAUCUCCUAUGAGCACCAGCUGCCGACCUUUAUUCCGGGCACGCAGGAUCGGAGGAUCUUGAAGAAGAGGGCAUGA